AUGCCGGCCGCCGACUUUGUCGCAAUCGACAACGGGCAGCCGACGUGCGCGGAGCCGGGCGAGGACCCUUUGGCCGACGAGCCCGCGUCGGCGUAUUCGGCUGCGUCGUGGGAAACGCCUACGAGCAUGGAGGCUGUCUACAACAACGACAACCCCGCGUCCCGCGAGGCUCGUCGCUAUGCGCGCGCCGCAUAUCAUCAUCGAGCGCAUGGAGAGGGCGAGCCCGCCCCUGAAUCUCAACGCGACCCGGUCGCCACCCCCAGGCCGUCCGAGACCCCGGAUGCCGUGCGCGCUCCUCCCCGCGGGCGCGUCCUCCCUGCGUGGAUGACGGCGCCCUCUCCUUGCCAGGCUCUCAUCGAUGCUGGCGUGCCUGCCGCCAUGGACGGCUUCAUGGACGCGGCGGAGUGGGUGCGUCUGUGA